CGAGGAAUCGGUGACGUGAGUGCUUGCGGAAGCAGAGCGUGGAAUGUUGGUACAUUGUUGUUGUUUUGUAGUUAAUUUAGUACGAGGACGCGCCGCGGCCCGUCUGCUGGACGCUUUACACCAACUGUGUCAAGUUACCUCGUUGCCUCCGCUGGGAACCUACUCUGUCACUUUUUUGCGCAUUCCGGUCCACAAAUACCCGCGUCCACAGAGUGUGUCUUCUGUGAGAUUUUGGUCAGUUGUCUGCAUGCAGGGAAUGACGACUCAUUUUAAGACGAGCAAAGCUUUAAAGGUCAAGAAGGAAGUGGGUGAGAAUGCCCCAGUGCUCAGUGACGAUGAGUUGGUGGCCAUGUCUGUGCGAGAGCUCAACCAGCAUCUGCGUGGGCUGACUAAGGAGGAUGUUGUGCGGCUGAAGCAGCGGCGUCGGACCCUGAAGAACCGGGGCUAUGCUGCCAGCUGCCGCAUCAAACGUGUCACCCAGAAGGAGGAGCUGGAGAGACAAAAGACAGAGCUGCAGAAGGAGGUGGACAAGCUGGCCCGCGAGAAUGCCAGCAUGAGGUUAGAGCUGGAUGCCCUUCGAGCCAAGUACGAGGCCCUACAGUGUUUUGCUCGGACUGUGACCCGCGGGCCCCUCUCACCAGGCAAGGUGGCCACCACCAGUGUCAUUACUAUUGUUAAGUCUGCCAACCACAACAACUCCAGCCCGACCCCAUUCUCAGCUCACUCCUAGUGUUGACAGGACUGGGCUCUCCUCCUCCUGCCUGGUCCUUUCUGGUUCUGACCCAGCCUGAACCCACUCAUCCUGUACUGACAGGACGCUCAGUAGUUGGACUGAGGGAUGGAAUGGGAUGGCAAUCUCUAUGUGAGGAUAUGCUGCAUUCACAACUCUGUCUCACUCCUUCUGUCUCUCUUACACAAUCUACAUUGUCUGUGCACUGUGCAAAUCCUCUCCCCAACCCCCAGCACCGGCAGGGUACCGGGCCUCCGUGACCCUAUCUCCCUGACUGAUAGCAGGAUUUCCUUUGAUUCCAGUGUGAAAUAGUGUUUCACAUGCCUAAAGGUGGCAGUACUGGCCUAGGACAGUCUGAUAUUUAAUGCUAUUAAGCAUAAAGUAGGAGAUCUAAGUAGUGCAUAUGUGGCAGUAAAGCUAUUUGUAAAGCCUUUGCCAAAACCUUUUUUAAGCUAAAAGUGUCUCAAUGCAAAUUGAACCUUGAAGCUGUUGCCUUAAAAAGGAUCUACGAGUGAUCUGCAGUAUACAAAUGAUCUCACAUGUAAUUUAUCAUUCCAGCUUUGAGUUCAGGUGUACACUUCUUCAGACACAGUUACUAGUGAUUUCUAACCGCAUGCCUUCAAGAGGCAGCCAAACAAUACACCAGAUGUUUUCACUGAUAUGUCCCUCCCUUCUUUUGGAAGGUGCUAAGCAGUAAAUCACCUGUUAGUGUUUUGUUGAAUGACUCUUUAUGGUGUGUUUGGAGAACACUGCCUUAUGCUGUGGAUAAUUGACCUAUGUUUAGCCAAAGGGGUUUGCUAAUGAUAGAGCAUAAUUUAAAUUGCUGUCUAUGUUAUGCAAAGUUUUGCCAUAUAGCUUAGAGUAUUUAGGAGUGAAUACAAGAAAUAGCCAGUGCUCUGCAGUAAAGACAUUCAUACCUUCAGAUUGCAAACUAAUUUAGCAGUUUUUAAGUUAUAUUUUUGUGUUCAAAAAGCUUACAAUCCACUAUUAGGCCAGAAUUUGUACGCAACUCUCCAGUAAUAUAUUGGCUGCCUUUAUUGAAGACAGUCAUUUGUGCCUUUCUGUCAACCUACUGGCAAAUGCCCAACAAGAAAAUGAAGAAAAAAAGGGUGUCUGUGUCAAAGAUUUUGGAUUUCCAGUAUUUCCUCGCUUAGUAGCUCAUCCACAAAAAAGUGUCUUGUGGUAGAGAAGUUUGUCAGUGGAGCUGAAAAGUGUGUACGAUCAGCUGUGUUCCUGAAGACACUGGAGACUCUUAGGAAGAUGCUGCAUGUGAUUGUUUUGUAGCCCUUUUGACUCAAGAAAUUAUCCACUCUCUUUUUCAGAGAACUGGGUAGAUUAAUAUAUACAAUUGGAAAAUGAUUAAGAAACAUUUUGAGCCACAAUUGUUUGGAUUAAGAAGAUUUGAUGUCACAGAGCGUCUCAUUAUUUAGACCUCAUAAGUAUUCUGUAAAGACGCAAUUAAAAAAGAAAAAAAAAACUCUCAGAGCAACAGAUUUCUAGAACUGGGGCUGAAGUAACCGGGGCUUAACUGCAUGAUGAUUCCAGGUAUAUUGUCAAGUUAAUGAAACUCUGGAUGGUAUACUCUGAUAUGUAUGCCACAGCACUUACUGGGUGAUGGUUUGCCCCUGUGCUUUGUAUGCCACUCUUUGGUAGGUAAUCCAUAUUGGAUAUAGCGAUAGAGCGGCCCUUACAAGUGAAAUCCAAUUCAACUCACUUCCUGUAUAUUACAGAAAUGAUAAAGCUCCCACUGCCUCCAUUUUUACUUACUUUGAGAACUCCGUCCAGAUAGAAAUCAUUCCUACUGCUGGGUCACGAUAAGUGCUGCUGCCGGUGUUGGCAACGCUCAAAUAGUAGCUAUGUACUUUGCUUUUGACACAGUCUUCUGCAAGAGAAGCCCUGACGCCCAUCUCUAAAAAACAGUGGUGUCAUAACAAUGAAAUGCAGUAAACACCUUGCUCCCACUGUACGUUGUGAGAUUAUUUAAAUACGAAAUUCACUUGAAAUCAAGUCAUUCUUACAGAGUUUCAUUCCUAAUUUGGAGUGAAGUCGAUAGAGAGAGCUCAUGUCAGGAUUUUCUCUUGGUUAAGAGGACAUGACUGUUCUUCCCCUGUUCCAUAGCUGCAAAGAACAGUACGGGGAACUUUGCUGCUGUAAAACCUGCUGUGAUUUUUAAGCAGUAGCAUUGCUGUGUUCUUACUCUCAUUUUGAAUUUUCAGUUUCUUUGUCCAUACAUCGUAUGUUCUCUUUCUAAUACUUAGUUUUAUAUGCAUAUGCAGUAUAUAAAUAUAUGUUACAUAUUUUUCUAUAUUUAUGUCUUUUACUAUCCUGGGAGUGGUGUGAUUAUAUAAUCAUUCUUUGAAGUCAAAUUACCUUGAUGCUGACCUUUUUCUAAAGAAGUUGUAUUCACAUUUACAAUGAGAAAGCUGUUCUCCUAACUUAAGUCUUGAGUAUUUAUCUCCUAUGAAUAGUUCUUCUCUGCAUAUGUACUAUUUGUCUAAUUCACAAAUUGGAGAGACAGUGACUAGAGUUACAUGCAGGCUGCAGCUAAUACACACACACACACACACACACACACGUAUAGCGCAUGAAUAAAGUGUUUACAAACUGCGAUAUUACAUUGACUGCCAGUUCACACUGUUAGUGAAGAGGAAAGGAAUUCACAAAUGUUGUAUGCAUGACUUCUGGAUCAUUUAUCUAAAAGAAAAUUAGCUCUGAAAUCAAGUAACAUUGUAAACAACAAUAUCAUUCACCACAAGAGCACAUCUGGUCUGAGGUGAUCAGAUCUCUAGUAAUAUUAGCCAAAUGUUCAGCUCUCGGUUAGUCUUUUCAGGCUCCUGUAGUGAGAAUAUUUCAUUCACAAAAAAUAAAAUUAGCUUUUUAAAUGGAUUGUAAAUGGAUUGCAUGUCAUCAGUAACUGGACAUUUAAAGGUAUACUUGAUAUACUUUUCUAAAAAUGGCAUCUGAUUUAGUUGACAGUUUCAAAUUAUGAUGGUAAUGAUUUUGUAAGUGCCAAGAAACCUUACCGCAACAAGUCCAAAGCUGCUGGACUGUCCACCCACCAGUUCGGUUUUAAGCCUAAAUCAAGAUUAGCGGAAUUGAUACAUAUUACAUAUUUACUUAAGUAAUUUCCCACAUAUUCCAUUAUAAGACAGUACUGCUAAAAGUAUUUUCUGACAAACAUCACAGUGACCUCUUGCGGUAAAGUUUCAAAACUACUGUAAAUCCUGAUAAAUGAGGCACUGUGUAAUUUUAGCACUUUGGAUCUGAGAUUAAAACUUUAAGAACCACACCUUAAUAAUAAUAAUAAUACUCAGUGUGUGUACCUUUACCAUUCCUUAGUAAAAGACAAACCUUUCUCCGGUGAAUUAAGAACUAAACCUACAUCCAGUGCUAGCCAGCAGAGGUCCAUUCAGACUCUCAAAAACAUUGCCAUCUGACUGAACCACAAGCAAAUAUUUACCAGACACAGUAAUUUGCAUUUUCUACAUGAAGGUACACUACACAAAAUAAAAGCAUAACGGUUUAAACCAUUUUAGUAAGAAUUAUGCAGAAAUGAAUAAAGUUUAUAGGCAAAAAGAGGCUUAAAUAAAAUUUACCAUGGAUGUUUACUAAAACUGGCCUGAGCAGGCUUCUGUUUUCCCCAAACAGUUAAACUGAGUGAACCCUGCUAUACUCAGGAGCUUUAACAGUACUGUUUAAGAUUAUUUUACAUUAUUUAUAUAAACCAUAACAAUGCAAAUCUAUGUACAGUACAGACAUGAGGUUGUUCAUACAUCUUGACAAGGUAUUCAAGGCUAUUAAUUUAAAAAUACUUAAGAGUAAAUAAGCUUUCAUACACAAGCUUUGCCAGCCCUGCAAGCUACAUGAUCGAACUUAAGCCACAUAGAAAGCAAAUUUCAAAAUUGUAGACUGAAGAGGUUGUUUAUAAAUUCAGAAAAAGCUCCAUGACAGAAGGAAUGGGGCAUGUGUCUGGAUUAUAUGGUGGUUGUGAGAUAAUGGACGAAAUACAAUGAAUGUCAGCAGCAGUUUCUAUGUUCAAGCUACAGUAUGUAACUUAAGGGAGCGCUAGCAUGAAGCUCCAAAUCUGUCCACUCUGCUCUGCCCAGUGCUCCUUCUCCCUCACCGUGCUCUACUAUGAUCUGCCCAACUCUUCAGAUAUUUGUCAUUAUGAAAUUAUAAUAAAUGAGAAUGCAACAAAACUUAUUGUUCAAGCAGAAACAAAUUAACAUCUCUGAUUGGUUAGAGAGAUCAAUCCCUCUCAAAACUAUGUACAAGCUGAUGAUAUCUCUGCACUGCUGUUCAAAGAGUCUGGGUCACAGGAGGCUUUGACAGCACCUCUCUAAAUUAAGACAA